GACCUAAAUCAUAGGACGUAUAUAUCAGGAACAUGGCAACAAAGAUGGAUGUGGAUACGCCUGGCUCUAGCGUCAUCGCAUCCGCUGGUGCUACAGGAAGUGUUUCGGUUUCUCUUCAUCCUUUGGUGAUCAUGAAUAUAUCCGAACAUUGGACGAGAGUUCGGGCACAAGAGGGCAAACCGACACAAGUUAUAGGGGCCUUAAUUGGAAAACAGAAAGGCAGAAACAUUGAGGUGAUGAAUUCCUUUGAGCUUGUGUUUGAUGUAAUUGAAGAUGCUAUUAUAAUCAACAUGGACUACUACAACACCAAAGAGGAACAGUUUAAACAAGUUUUUAGCGACAUGGAUUUCCUUGGGUGGUACACAACAGGAGACGGUCCUACUCAGUCUGAUAUCAACGUACAUAAACAGGUGUGUCAAAUUAAUGAAAGUCCUAUCUUAAUGAAGAUGAACCCACUCUCCAGACAAACAGAUCUGCCGGUUUCCAUUUAUGAAUCUGUGAUAGACCUUAUCAACAACGAAGCCACCAUGCUACUCGUUGAGUUACAAUACACACUUGCGACAGAGGAAGCUGAGAGAAUAGGGGUUGACCAUGUUGCAAGAGUAACAGCCAUGGAUGCUGGGGAUAGUUCAAAUGUGGCAGAACACUUAGUGGCUCAGCACAGUUCCAUCAAGAUGUUACACAGUCGUGUUAAAUUGAUCCUUGAGUACAUUAAGGCUGUACAGGCAGGAGAAGUACCUAAAAAUCACGAUAUACUGAGAGAUGCCUACAGUUUGUGUUAUCGACUUCCGGUACUCAACACUGAUCGGUUUAAGGCAGAUUUCUAUAACCAAUGCAAUGAUGUAUGUCUAAUGGCUUACCUUGGAACUAUUACAAAGGGAUGUAAUACCAUCAACCAGUUUGUGAACAAAUUCAAUGUGAUGUAUGAUCGCCAAGGAAUGGGUCGCAGAAUGAGGGGACUGUUCUUCUGAUCUUCUAAUUCUAAUAAAGUUUACUACUGAUGCUUAACUCAGUGAUGUAACAUUAGUGGCAAUAUUAUUGUUGUUAACAUCAGUGUGAAUUCAUCAUCAUUUAAAAUGACGACAACAUGAAGAGGAGUAAUGACAUCAUUGUGCUGUUGCUGAGGUGAAAUAAGCUUCUGAGGAAAAAAAAGAAAUAUAUAACAUACACACAUGGAGUUUAAGUUACAAUGAUAGACUUUGUACAUAUCAGUAGUGCUAAAAUUGAAUAAUAAUGGUGUUAUUUACAUACAAUUACAGACUUCAGAUAAAUGACAUCAAAUUUAUUGGAAAAUAUGGUGGUAAAAGAAGUCUUGACUUUCAGACUUUUCUAUUAUAUAAAAAAUAGAUAAAUGAAUAAACAAACAACAAAUGAAGAAAUACACUAAUGAAUAACAGAUUAUCUUUUAUUUGGCAGUUUGAAUUAAUUUUCAGGUAGGUUGUUCUUUCCUGUGAUGCAACAUCAAUAGGAAAAACAUUGCUUAUGUGUUGUUUUAAAACACUUUACUCCUUAAUUAUAUGUUAAUCAAAAUUGAUACAUACUUGUACAUAAAUACUAUAUACUUGUACAUAAAUACUAUAUACUUGUACAUAAAUACUAUAUAAUAUUGUUCUGUGUAAAGCGAUGCUGUCUUUCAAGCCAGCCACAGAUAUUUUCUCCGUAAACCGGUAUGUCCUUUACUCUUAUUACUGUAGGUAUCCUUAUCGCUGGGGAUUUCUGUAGUAUCCUUAUCGCUGGGGAUUUCUGUAGGUAUCCUUAUUGCUGGGGAUUUCUGUAGUAUCCUUAUUGCUGGGGAUUUCUGUAGGUAUCCUUAUUGCUGGGGAUUUCUGCAGUAUCCUUAUCGCUGGGGAUUUCUGUAGUAUCCUUAUCGCUGGGGAUUUCUGUAGGUAUCCUUAUUGUGGGGGAUUUCUGUAGUAUCCUUAUUGCUGGGGAUUUCUGUAGGUGUCCUUAUUGUGGGGGAUUUCUGUAGGUAUCCUUAUUGCUGGGGAUUUCUGUAGGUAUCCUUAUUGUGGAGGAUUUCUGUAGAUAUCCUUAUUGUGGAGGAUUUCUGUAGUAUCCUUAUUGCUGGGGAUUUCUUUGUAGGUAUCCUUAUUGCUGUUGAUUUCUGUAGUAUCCUUAUUGCUGUGGAUUUCUGUAGUAUCCUUAUCGCUGGGGAUUUCUGUAGGUAUCCUUAUUGUGGGGGAUUUCUGUAGUAUCCUUAUUGCUGGGGAUUUCUGUAGUAUCCUUAUCGCUGGGGAUUUCUGUAGGUAUCCUUAUUGGUGUGGAUUUCUGUAGUAUCCUUAUUGCUUGGGAUUUCUGUAGUAUCCUUAUUGCUGGGGAUGUCUGUAGUAUCCUUAUUGUGGGGGAUUUCUGUAGGUAUCCUUAUUGGUGUGGAUUUCUGUAGGUAUCCUUAUUGUGGGGGAUUUCUGUAGUAUCCUUUUUGCUGGGGAUUUCUGUAGUAUCCUUAUCGCUGGGGAUUUCUGUAGGUAUCCUUAUUGGUGUGGAUUUAUGAAAUAAAUGGUGGAUAUCCACAGAUCAAAAUGCUGAAACAUAUUUACUAUUGAUAAUUGCUUUCUAUUCUUGCUUAAAUAAAGCGGGGAAAUGAUAUUGCAGAUGUAGAUGUAAAGAUCAUCUGACAAAAAGGCUGCCCUUAGCAGGUUCUAAAUAAAGAAGUGUUUUACGAAAUUAAAGGUUUUUAGAGAAAUUGUAACUGUCGCCUUGAUGAUAAUCAUUCAGAAACCAUAAACUAGAUCUGUGUUGAUAAAAUUAUGUAAUAUGAUAAAGCUUUAUUUAAUAUUUGUUAUAUGCUAAAUAAAAACAAGCAUGAAUCACUACAAGCCGUA